AUGGAAGGAUCAUCCGGUGUGAGGAAAGGUGCAUGGAGUAAAUCAGAAGAUGACCUUCUCAGAGCAUGCGUCCAACUAUAUGGGCAGGGAAAAUGGCACCUUGUUCCUCAAAGAGCUGGCUUGAACAGAUGCCGCAAGAGUUGUAGAUUGAGGUGGUUGAACUAUCUAAGACCAGAUAUCAACCGGGGAGAAUUUGCGCAUGAUGAGGUUGAUUUGAUGAUCAGAUUGCAUAAGCUUUUGGGAAACAGAUGGUCUCUAAUUGCAGGAAGACUUCCCGGAAGAACUCCAAAUGAUGUGAAAAAUUACUGGAACACCAACAUGCGGAGGAAAGUGAACUAUCACGAGAAAGGAAAGAGCAUAAAGCAAGAUGCCGAAAUAGCGAGACCCCACGAAGUGAUAAAGCCUCUACCUCUUACUUUCUCAAAGACAUCCCCCUGGUUGCAAGGGAAAUUCAUUACCUUAGAUCAUAGUAGUACCAAAGUUGGUAUUACUCAAUCAGUUUGUGCAGUUUCAUCAGGGACCACGAAUUGGUGGGAAACUUUGCUAGACGAAAUGAGUGACAAUGAAGAUAACAACACAUGCCCCAUGGCUAUGGAAGAUGGGAGGUUUAUGACGAACCUUCGGGAUGAAGAGUUUACCUCAACAACAACCAAAGCUUGUGACCUUUUUACACAAGGUCAAACUCGUAGUGAUUUUUUUCUUGACGUUAGUUUGUGGGACAUGGAAAUCUUAAAUGUAGGAGAAUAA